AUGAAGCCGAUUCCUGCAAAGGUAGCCAAAAACAAUCAUGGAGAGUUGUUUCUUAUCACAAAGCCCGAUAAACAUCAGUCCUCCUCAGAAUCUCACAAAAAAACGCACAAGAGUAGGGCACCCAUUAAGAUUCCAGUUCAUCCAGCCAGUAGAACGCAAGCUGGGUUUGGCCAUGGAGGUUGCCCCGUUCAUGGUGCUGUCAGACCCGUUUUAUCAGCCGGAAGAUGCAUGCACAGCCCACCACGAUCAUAUGCAUGUCCAUGUUGUGUUCAACCCCAAAAGUAUCUACCUACCAAGAGUUAUGAAAACUCCUCAAACUCCGAUGCCUACUACACAAACACUAGUAGUAGUAGUAGUGAGUCUUCCGUGGGACGAGCAGACCACGGAGGCAUCAAAAUUAUUCCUGUGCAACAAAAACGCUCUCGAUCCCACGACAAGAACCAUUCUCGUAUCACUGAACCUCAAGUUUAG